CCGCUAAGAGGUAAAAUCGGCUAUUUAUAGCUAUUUAUAUGAAGAGUAAUAGGAAUCCAACAAUACGAGCAUCCUCAUUGUUCCAGCAGUUAGAGAAUGCCUCCGUAUACCAAGCAUAUCCCGCCCUCCGCUAAAGAGUCGUUCGACUGCCACACUGGAUACCGGAAUCGCGAGAUAAUCCCGUGCUGCCGCGCUUCUGACCGGAUAUUCUGCAGCGUGUCGUGCCUACCACUUAAAGAGCCAUUGUUUAUUAUAAUCCGUAUCGACUUGUACAACCCCAGAGUCGAAAUAUCGGUCCAUAUCCGAUAAGGGGGCGACGUCCCGCUGUACGAUUUGCAGCAUCUU